GCAUGUCUAAGAAGACGAAUCGAGGCACUCAGCUCCACAAAUACUACAUGAAAAGGAGAACUCUGCUCCUCUCACUUCUGGCUACGGAGAUUGAGCGCCUCAUCACUUGGUAUAAUCCUCUUUCGUCUCCGGAGCUGGAGCUGGACCAGACGGGUGAAAACAGCGUUGCCAACUGGCGCUCCAAAUACGUCAGCCUGAGUGAGAAGCAGUGGAAGGAUAACGUGAACCUGGCUUGGAGCAUCUCCCCUUACCUGGCGGUGCAGCUUCCCACCAGAUUUAAAAACACAGAAGCCAUUGGGAUGGAGGUCACCCGUCUGGUUCGCUUGGACCCUGGAGCCGUCAGUGACGUGCCGGAAGCCAUCAAGUAUCUUGUUACUUGGCACACCAUCGAUGCUGACGCUCCAGAGCUCAGCCACAUCCUGUGCUGGACCCCCACCGACCCACCGACGGGCCUCUCCUAUUUCUCAAGCAUGUACCCUCCUCAUCCUUUGACAGCUCAAUACGGGGUAAAAGUGCUGCGAUCUUUCCCUCCGGAUGCUAUUCUAUUCUACAUUCCACAGAUUGUUCAGGCCCUUCGAUAUGACAAGCUGACAUUGGGGAACUGCUGGAGCAGCUCGUCGAGGAAAUAACCGGCUCGUUGUCUGGCCCAGCAAAGGAGUUUUACCAACGGGAAUUUGACUUCUUCAACAAAAUCACCAACGUUUCCGCCAUCAUCAAGCCUUAUCCCAAAGGCGAAGAGCGAAAAAAGGCUUGUUUGAAUGCUUUAUCUGAAGUGAAAGUGCAACCCGGUUGCUAUUUACCAAGCAACCCGGAAGCGAUUGUCCUGGAUAUCGACUACAAGUCGGGAACGCCGAUGCAAAGCGCUGCCAAAGCCCCUUACUUGGCCAAGUUCAAGGUGAAGAGGUGUGGAGUGAGUGAACUUGAAAAAGAAGGUUUGCGUUGCCGUUCAGAUUCCAUAGACGAAAGCGGAGAAGACGGGAGGGAGAGUAAGAAGAUUUGCUGGCAGGCCGCCAUCUUUAAAGUGGGCGAUGACUGCAGGCAGGAUAUGCUGGCCUUGCAGAUCAUCGAUCUCUUCAAGAACAUAUUUCAGCUGGUGGGCCUCGACCUGUACGUCUUUCCCUACAGAGUAGUGGCUACUGCUCCUGGGUGUGGCGUCAUUGAAUGCAUUCCAGAUUGCACUUCCCGUGAUCAGCUGGGCAGGCAGACCGACUUCGGGAUGUACGAUUAUUUUACCAGGCAGUACGGAGAUGAAUCUACUCUGGCCUUUCAGAAGGCUCGCUACAACUUCAUCCGCAGUAUGGCUGCGUACAGUCUCCUGCUCUUCCUCUUGCAAAUUAAAGACAGGCAUAAUGGCAACAUCAUGCUGGACAAACAUGGACAUCUCAUUCACAUUGGUUAG